AGACAAGAUUUAGGUGAGUGAUGGAUCAUAUUUUAUGGGAACAGAUUUUGAAAUGAAACCGUAAUGUACAUGUCCUUAUUUUUGUGUUUUUCUCCAGAAUUCUCAACUUGACUCAUUGCAGAGAUGAUAAUGCUACAUAUUCCAGCUGGGUAGUUUCCACAUCAUUCAAUAGUUUCCAGUGAAAAUGCUAAAGCAGCUGCAGUUUUUCCUUCUGUUGGGAACAUUAUUUAUCACGUUCUUCAUAAUAGUUCACUGGGAUGACGUGAGAGAUGGGACUUUUUAUCUGCACGUGGCUCCGCAGUCUUCUCCAACACACCUCGAACUGCGUCAAGCACAUCGUAGACAUUUAAUAAGAGAACUAUGCUCAGCCAAUAGCAGCUUCAACUUCCCUGGAAAAUUUAAGACAUUUGACCAGAUUCCAAGCAAAGCCCUGGACCAUCUCAUUGUGGAUGAUCAUCAUGGUGUUAUUUACUGCUUUGUACCGAAGGUAGCCUGUACCAACUGGAAACGAGUCAUGAUUGUGCUCAGCCAGAGCCUGAAGGCACCUGAUGGAGCUCCGUAUCUGGAUCCUCUUGACAUACCAUCAGCGUUAUCCCACAAUGCUACUCUGCAUCUGACAUUUAACAAGUUUUGGAGGCUGUUUGGUCGUUUCUCUCGUCCUUUGAUGCAUCACAAACUGAAGAAUUACACUAAGUUCCUU